AUGGACUACACAACUGACUUCCCCCGCCACUUGGUCAUGACAAAAGUCCCUCGGAAGAUGAAAAGCAUGUGUUGUGACAUCAAUUGUACAGAAUCGUAUUUGAUUGACGAUAUCGGUACCCUUUCCGUUUUUAACACACAAACCAAACGGAUUGUUUACAGAACAACUCUUCCAUCUCUUGGCUACAAAAUCCUUGUUUCAGCUAAAGCACAAUUUCUCCUCUUUUUGGACGUCAGAAUGUCACUGCACGUUUAUCGAAUACUUCGCCCUUUCCGACUUCUCGAAAUAGACUCCAUUCCAAACACAUACAACUUCGUUUUUACAAGUGACUGUGACAAAAGCCCGCUGUCAUUUGUUACACUGUCUAUUGAUAGAGUCACGUUGACACAAUACACAUACUUCAAUGGUCAACAGCAAGUCGCGAACACAAAAAAGAUUUCAUUUGUCGCCGCUCAUUUAGUGACAAAUCCGACAUUCUCUGAAAUUGCAGUGGCUUCAAAUAAAGAGGUAAUAAUAUUAUCGAGUGAUUUACUAACACUACACUAUGAAGACCUCAAUUUCCGCAUCGCGGGUGUCGCGUACUCUGGGGAAUUACUUUUUGCACUUGCCGGGUGUUGUUUAAAGAACAUCGAAAAAGACCCCAAAGAGAUCCGACAGAGAGCGCUGCAAGGUAAGCUCGAGAAAAUAUCCAAAGACGUUCACCUUCCAUUGGGCGACCCAACAGUAAUCACGUCACAUCAAAGACAUAUUGUAGUUGGCGACAGAAACAAAAUCUAUGCAAUAGACACACGGAGCGGCCGUGUUGCGUUUGUCUCGAAACUUCCCCCUCAGGCACUGGUAUAUAAUAUCUUCACAAACGAGAAAAUGAAUCUUUUUGUUGCACAUGUACUCAACUUACCCGUUGUCGUUGAGAUAUUAUCGGACGACAUGUAUGCCCAAGAGUCUGGUCUACUCAAGUCUGUCGAAUUGAAAGAUUAUAAAGUUGUUUUUGCUAAUAUUCCCGAGUCUCAAACAACACGAAAUAACUCGGAUUUACCUCCGUCUGUGCCAGCUUCUACUUACUCGGUCUUUGUAGGAAAGUUUGGAGAUAAUUUGACUGCUAAAGACGUCAAAGAUGCAUUCCAAAGUUCAUUUGGUCCAGUAUUAAAGGUGCGAACUUUUCCAGGGCAUUGUUUCGUUGAUUUUAAAGACGACAUUUCGAUGAACAAGGCACUCAAACACCAUACUUUUAUGGUUGGGCAAUAUGAAGUCACAAUCAAUGUUGCUUCUAAAAACUCGAAGCGGUAG